CCGGAGCCCCGCGGCGCGGCCUCGGGCGGGAAGAUGCCGCGCGUCGUGCCGGACCAGAGGAGCAAGUUCGAGAACGAGGAGUUCUUCAGGAAGCUGAGCCGCGAGUGCGAGAUUAAGUACACGGGCUUCAGGGACCGGCCCCACGAGGAGCGCCAGGCGCGCUUCCAGAACGCCUGCCGCGACGGCCGCUCGGAAAUCGCUUUUGUGGCCACAGGAACCAAUCUGUCUCUCCAGUUUUUUCCGGCCAGCUGGCAGGGAGAACAGCGACAAACACCUAGCCGGGAAUAUGUCGACUUAGAAAGAGAAGCAGGCAAGGUGUAUUUGAAGGCUCCCAUGAUUCUGAAUGGAGUCUGUGUUAUCUGGAAAGGCUGGAUUGAUCUCCAGAGGCUGGAUGGAAUGGGCUGCCUGGAGUUUGAUGAGGAGAGAGCCCAGCAGGAGGAUGCUUUAGCACAACAGGCCUUUGAAGAGGCUCGGAGAAGGACCCGCGAAUUUGAAGAUAGAGACAGGUCUCAUCGGGAGGAAAUGGAGGUGAGAGUUUCACAGCUGCUGGCAGUAACUGGCAAGAAGACAACAAGACCCUAGUCCUGGUUCUAAUUUAGGUGGUGAUGACCUCAAACUUCGUUAAUUAGUAGCACAGCAGAUGUGUUCCCAUCUUUACAUAUGUGUUGUUUCUCGUUGGCAGAAAUAAUUGAUUAAAAAGACCAGAAACUGUGAUAACUGGAGGUACUUUGGUCUAAUUCUCAACCGUAGGCAGUUAUAAGACAUCACAAACUGCCAUGGUUUUGCACUAAAAUUAUAAUACCUGCAUUUCUAAUUUUGUAUGCAUGUAGCCAGUAAUAAUUUGAAAUUUUUUCCUAUGCAAGCUUACCUUGUUGGCAUUAUUUUAGUGAGUUGAAACUAUCCACUUGUAAAGCUCUUCUUUCACUCCAUUUUAAUUUAAAGUUCAUGUCAUUUUAAGACAAGUCAAGAAAUUAAAAUUUUUAUCAGAGGGUUUUUUCCCUAGUCGGUUGCUCUUUUUUUUGUAAUUUUAGAUGGCUAUACGACUUCAUUUUAGAUAGGCAUUCUUGGUUUUUGUGUUUUGUUCCCCCAAUUUCCUUUCAUGUUUUUAUAAUCUAUGGCAUUUAAACUGCUGAUAUGUUUGCAUUAUUUACAAGCUAAAAACCUAGUAGCAUCGAGCUGUCUGCCACAGCCUUCUAACACAAAGUUUACAGUUGUUAAAGUUGCAGUAUCCUUUCAAAUGUCAGUAAUCAGCUCCUUUCCUUUUUAAACAUAAAAUUUAAAUUGGUAUUAAUUCUAACCUGUCCCAGAUCUGUUUUAGAUUCUGUUCUGUAAUCAUGAGUUGUGUGGAGAUAAUUCUCCAUAGAUAAUAAUAUUUCUACUGAAAUGCCUAAAAGAAGUCACAGGCUGGCUUCUGUUUUAUUCAGGGAUUUUUUUUUUUUAAGUCAGUCAGAAAAGGGAUACUGGAGCUUCUUCAUGUAUGUAACAGCAUAUUAAACUGGAGACAGUGAUGAAUCAGCUACAAGGUAAUAUUGUAUUAAAACCAUGUUUAACAUGUCUGCUUUUUUGUGUAUUUUAAAAUGCAAGCUUUUGUAAAAACAAAGCUGGGUGAUAAAAGAUAAGAGAAAAUGUUCAUCUGUGCAGAGGAUACAUUUUCUUCCAUUAAUUAUCCUGGGAAAAAAAUUCACAUCUAUAUAUAUGGUAUUUUUCAAAAGGACUAUUAAUAGAACCUUUUGAGAUGAAUUAGUGUAAGAAUAUUUUUUAAGAAUAGCUUCACUGUCAAAUUGAAUGCAACUUUUUUUUUUAAAUACAAGACUGGAAAAAAGUGCUAAGUCAUUUGGCACCUCCUUAAAAUAUUUUUCAUGGUCACAUUCAUUAAAUGUUAGUACAUUUCUGAAUUUUUGCAAAAAUGUAUUUUAUCAUAAUAGAAUGGCAUUAUUUUAAAGAGUUUGAAAAACGGACAUGGUCAAUUCAGAAAAUGAACUGAAGUCUGAAUAAGGUCACUGCAUUUAAAACUUAUAUAUGUACUUGAUAUUGGAGGUCUGACUUUCAUUGUAUAUAGGUCUUAUAAUUCAUAAACAUAUCCUGUAUCUGAAUAAAAAUAUUUGUUAUAUAUUUGAAGUCAUGCAUGGUAAGGAGUUUGUUUAAAUUGUUAUCAACAAUAGUGCAUCAUAAAAGACCAUGCUGAUUUUGUGUGACUAAAUACUAUGAAUGAAUUUGGUUGGUAUUUGGUGUUAUACAGCUCACAUGUUUACACACUCAGUGCCCUAAUUUCCCCUGAGGGAAUUGCCUUUUUAAGUGGUCCUUACAGUGGUGUUUUAAGGUUACUUUAUUACUUUAUUACAGAGCUCCUUGGUUUUUGACUUCUGCACUUAAAUUUUUUUAGUAACGUGAUGAUGGUACAUUUUUCUCAGUUGCAUCUAGCUGAGGGCUUUCAGUCCACCAGUAACUAAAAUCACAUGUUAUUAAAUGUUCAUGUUGCCAUCCUCCUGUAAAUACUGGGUUUUUCCAAUCAUUUGGCACUAUGCUGCUUUUGUCUGUCUUAAUGCUGGCAUUAAGAUCAUGAGCCCUUUUUCUCCAGUAGUACAGGCCUUGGAAACUACUUUUAUUAAGUUAUUGAUGCAAUUUGAUAUUUUUCCAUAAUCUGUAUUUAAACAAAAUUACAUCAUUGCAUCAUCUUUUCUAAAUUCAUCUCCAUAAAAACUUGCCUUAAGCUUCCAGAUUGCUUUUGCUACCAUUAGCCAUACUGUUGUUUAUAUGUUUAAUUUACUUUCACAAUAAACUUCUGUGUAGUAAAAACAGGAUCUUGGCUCUUUAU